CGAUUGUGUUUCCGGUGUGGAUGGCGUAAUGACAGCCCACAAUGCAAUUCAGGCAAACAGUCAGAUGGCUUCUUCGGGCGGGCAAUACUUGAAGCACCAGAUCUCUGUCCGUUGGCACAUUUUGGCAAUGAAGGUCUAUUUUGCUUGAUAUCAAAAUGAAAAAUGGAGCUGAAAAUCAAGGAGACACUCGGACACUUAAGAAAACACAAUAUUAUUCCCCGAGGACAAAAGAAAUGCCAAUGAAACCCUCUCAGAUCACUAACCGCCUCAUAGCCAAGCCCAGGAGAAUGUUGCCGCUCGGCAGCCCAGAGUGCCAGCCUUACAGAGCAGGUUCACCGUGCCGGUCUUCGUGUCCUCUUGCAGCACAAAUUAAUUCAUCAAGGUCAUGCAGUCAAGGAUAUUAUAAUUUGGCCAAGCAGCAUACAGGGGACAAACCGGCUACUCUGUACCGCCCUCAACCUAAGGGGUUGAUACAUGAUGGGUCUCAUCACUGCCGUCCAAGUGUUUCCCACGCUCAUCCACAGAAGGAUUCAAGCAUACGCUUUCCAUCCUCCGACAUCAGGAAAGAUCAUAAGUUGAUGGUAGUAUCUAAUUCAGGAAGAAGUACCACAGAACUCAGACUACAGUCAAACAAGGACCAGCGUAUGCCAAAGUCUUCAAGCGAAAAAUCAAUUCCAGUGAGCUCCUCUCAGAAGAGGCACAGGGAGUGUGAUGACUAUGACGGCAGUGUCAAGAAGCUUUGUCCUUCGCAUGCCCAAGCUGUUCAUGGAGAACCUCCAACCUCAGUGUUUAGUAUACCUCUUAAAACCUCAAAGGCAUCACUGCCCUCGUUAAGACAUUCCUCAGUGUUGCAACCUAAAAUUCCAGAUGAACCUACAAGUGGCCAGUCAACAUGCUUGGGUUUGUCAUCCACGUCUAAGCAGUUGUCCUGCACUUCCCUUUCAUCCAAACCUAUUGUAACGAGACAGCCGCCAUCAGGGGCAAAGCAGCUCCAAAUUCAUUCCAGUCACAACAACAUUGUACAAUUAGAAUCCCUUUCAAAAAAUGAAGAAAUUGUGCAUAGAAGAGGAAAAGAAUAUGACAAAAGGCACAGAGCAAGCACUGAAGUUCCCAAAAAGUCCACUACCAACUCACUUCAUUGCCACAUAGGCAGCCCCUUUUCUCGGCAUACACAUCGAAAUUCCUCACCAGUCAGGACACUCAGCAGAUUACAGCAGACAGAAGAGACCAGAAAGCCUCACAGUGUUACUCAUAAAUCAAAGUUAAACGGGGCGUCUUUGAGCGUUCCGGCAAAAGAACGGGAAAAACCCCACCGCAGAAGAAGAACUAUCAUGAUCCCCGACGAUAUAAAUGACCUGUUCACCCCUGAUGUCAUUAUCAGGCCUGUGCACAAGACGCCCAAGACCAAGACAAAUUUUACGUUGCCAACCACAGAGAAAAGACAGAGCUCCAGUGUCCAAAGCUCAGGAAGCGCUUCUGUGAAGGGUGACGACGUAAGACUCACUUGUUCAGCAAAAAUCCAAAUGUCAUCAGCAAACCACCCCCAUAUGUCCUUGCCAUCUGUGUCAUUAAUUAAGAUGGAUGUCAAAAAUUUGAUGUCCAUUUGCGUCAAAGACGCUAAAUCCAACUGUCCUGUCGCUUCCAAUGAAAGCCUUAAAUCAGACCAGAAAAACAAAUCUGUCCCAAACAGCAAGACCCAUCUUGGGAGUUCUAAACAGCCUUCCACAUCUGAUUGUUCCCAGUCUCCUCCGAUCAAAAGGGAACCGAUUGGAGGGCACAGACAACAGGAUAAUAAAUCUGUGGACGAGGACCUAGACUUGGACCUGGGAAUAACUUUAAAUUUGGAUUCAAGCCAGACCUCUGAAAGCAGUGAAAGCGAUCAACUGAUUUCCUUGCACAAGACGCCCAAAACAGAUUUUAUGUCGCCGACCACAGAGAAAAGGCAUAGCUCUAUUGUCCAAAGCUCUCAAAGCUGUUCUAUUAAGGGUGACCACUUCGGACUCAAUUGUUCAGCAAACAUCCGUAUGCCAUCAGCAAACCUCUCCCAUAUUUCUUUGCCAACUGUGUCAUUAUUCAGGAUGAAAGUAGAAAAUGUAGUAUCCAUUUGCUCCAAAGGUGCUAACUCCAGCUGUCCUGUUGCCUCCAAUGAGAGCUUUAAAUCAGAUGAGGAAAACAAAUUUGUCCCAAACAGCAAAACCCAUUUUGGUGGUUUCAAGCAACCUUCCACAUACGAUUGUUCCCGUUCUCCGCCAAUCAAGAGGGAGCCAAUCGGAGGGCACAGUCAACAGACAGAUAGAGCUCUUGAUCCUCUGGAGGAGGACAUAGACUUUGACCUGGGAAUCACUCUCGAUUUAGAGUCAAGCCAGACCUCCAAUAGCAGUGAGGACGAGCAACUGAUCUCGUUGCAGGAGAUAAUGAAUCACAAUCCCAAGCUUCCAGAUACUCCAGGAAAAUCUGCCAUUUCAGAGCUGAGCACACCCGGAUGUUCCAGCAAACUGUUAAAAGCUCCAAUCAGCACAAGAAGAAGCUCCUACAUGAACAGCUAUGACCAGAUGAUUGAAGAAAUAGACACCUAUAACAAGGCAAAAGAGGAUGAGGCACAUAUUCGUACCGAGCUGUUGAGAAUAGAGGACUAUGAGGAUGUGGGGGUCCGUGAAGAGAGCAUCUCCAGUGAACAACAGGAGUUUGUGCAGCGCUACUCGUUGGUCUCCAGUGCAAUCAAGGAGGUGCCUCCAGGCGAGGUCGUGUUUGACCUUGAGAAAUUUGGGCAGAUCUUCACUCAAGAUUCUCUGCAGCUCAGAAGAUGCAUGGUCAAACCGCAAAGUGCCGUACAGAAAACACUCCUUUGGUCCAGCCCAGCUCAGCUGAGACUGCAUGUGAAUAUAGGACUAUUCCAGGAAGCUUAUGGUUAUAACGCACCAUGCCCGACUCAAGUGACUGAUUUCCUAUUCAAGAUGAUGUCAGUGCAUUCUGAGAGGAUGAUAUCAGACAAGAUGCUGCAGGCCCUCUGUGACAUUGCAAGCUCAGCUGCAUAUAACAUAGUGAAAAAUGGAAGCCAGCAGUUUAAUGUGUGGGUACCUUCUUUGGCUGAUGUAACCCUGGUCCUGAUAAACAUGGGAGUUGCGUUUGUGACAUUGUUCCCUUUGGAAAAUCUGCAGCCGGCAUUUACAGAGGGAGAUUUGUUGAAGGAUGUCUGCCUUCAAAGUGACUGUCCCUCCAGCAGUAAUGAUUGGAACACCUUCCCUGAACACAACUGUAAUAACAUCUUUAAGUACCUGUCUUACUGCUUGAGCGUGUGUCCUCUGGCCUACAGCGACUAUGAGCUGCUCUUGCUGCUGACCAUGGUGGCUCGAGUGUGUCUGGACACUCACUUCAUCUCCCUGCCCUGUGUGGAAAGUUACACUCUGCUGUAUAAAACAGUGAAUGUCGUCAGGGACUGGGAUGCAAUGCUCCCCAGAAUUUGCCAGGCCUUCACUGAUCUGACAGAUGACCACCACAAUAUGUGCCUUCUGGUUCAGCUGCUACCUGACAACACUCAUGGAAAAUGCCUGCGACAGCAUCUUAGUCUCUCAAUGAUCUCAAAACUCUUAGAUGGUACUUGUCAAUACAGACCUACAGGAGCAGAAGAAAUUCAGCUCGCUGAUCUCAGGCCCUAUGUGCGCCGUAUGCAACCCUCCUUGCUCCUUCAUGGCAUGUUGAACACCUCCAGCACAAGUCCAAAAGAGGAUGAUGUGGCAUCUCUCGAUCAGCAGUCCUACUACCUGUGCUACAGUCUGCUGACUUUGACAAAUGAAGUGUCCAAUUUUCACAUCUUCCCAGCCCAUCAGAAGGAGCAGCUGCUGAUUCUCUGCUCAGAGCUGGUAAGACACGUCAAGUGCGGAAUCAGAGAGAGUACCAAGUGUCUAUACAGGUGCAAGGUGAAGGACCUGCUCGCUAUGCUCUACACCAAGUGGCAGAUGCUCCUCCAGCAGUCCAAACCUUUGCAUUGUCAGCUUUACGAUUAUUGGAAGCCCUCACCUGCGAAAACGUUGGCGUGCAUCGAGACGGACUGUGAUGAUAGACAACAGGCUUCGUCGGAGGAAAGUGGGGGUGAUAGGAGCGAUGACUUUGCCUCAGCUGAUGAGGAAGCGGAUGAUGCAAAACACUAAAACAAUCAACGGAGUGAUCGUAUAGAUUAAUGCUUGCGUACAAGAGGAGGCUGAGGCAACGCAGCGACUUAUCAUCACGAUCACACGCACGAAGGACUAUCAAGAAAUGAAAACGCUGUUACCACAACAGGUAGUUUUGUCAUUUUAAAUUAGGUUAGAGUUCAUCAGCAACUCCUGCCUUAAUUUCCAGCUCAGUUUGCACUUACCAAAGAGACAUUGACCCUCUUUACCUGCAGGUAUAAAUGUUUUUUCAGUGUUUUGACAAUUGUUGUUUUCUACUGUUUGUGUACAUUUUGUUAGAAUUUGGGGGGAAUAUAUUUGUAAUAAUGUACAUUUUUUUAAAAUGUGUGUUUGCAUAAAGAGAAAAUAAACAAUUACUGUAUAUGUUUCUAAAAUGAUUCACUGCUAGUUUGAUAUAGCAUGAGUUUUCAAAGUCUGGCACAGUGAGCCACCCCUCAAAUAACAUAAUAUUGCUGGGUCUACCACUCCUUCCCGA